UAUGUUUUAAUUCUAUUUAAAUUAAAAUACUAAGUACAAUUCUGCAUCCUGCUUGCUACCUCAAAUCAAAUUCAGUUUAACUGAAGCAAUAAAGUUUAUUCAUUCAAAUCAUUUUUUUUUCAAAUCACGAAAAAUUCAACUAAACAUGGGGAAUGUGGACUGUUUCAAGAGUCACAAGUUAAAAGUUGGAAAAUGUCAAUUACCACCAAAAUAAUUUCCAAAUCUUUCCAUCUCACCCUUAUGGAAUUUUACGGUGUGAAAACAUUGUUAAUAAUGUUGUAGCUGUGUCUUCAGCAGCUGCAAUAAUCAACAAUUCCCCUCAGAAAGGUCAAGCAUCAUUACAUGUUUGGCUGUGAUAAUACCAAUACUUGCUUGUGACCAAACACCAAUUAGAAAUGAUUUAUAUGAACUGUCAUCAAAUGAAUAUCAUGCAGGAACUUACUCUAUUGGCUUUUCGGGAAUUUAAAGUGAGCAAAAUUGCUCCGUUCAGUGGAUCAAAUUAUCAUACUUUUAUAAUACUGAACUCUCUCACAUGUGGAUAGCAUUCAUUUUUGGAUAGUUAUACAACCCUUUUACAGUCAUAUAACCAUCAAAAAAAAAAAAAAAAAAAAAAAAACAUGCAGAGGAAUGAUGCUAACAAAAUGUGAGAUCUUUGAGUAUUAUGCAAAAGGUUAAUCUGAUGAACAACUCCACAUACAAUCUGUUAGAGAGUGUUCAGUGAAUCAGUAAAUGCACAUGUGGCAUGAUAGCUAAUGCAUGACAAUGCAAUGUGCGAGUGUAUUCACUCAUCUUUUUUGGCAUCAUGCCAUUUUGACUGCUCUCUGAAUCAUUGCCGGGAAAGACCAUAUCUCAGCACGUAGCUGCUCUCCACCUCAUACAGUCAUGACAGUAAUAAUUCAGGUCCAAAGUUCAGAAUGCAGGCAGCUUGAAAUAGGGAUGAUAGAGCGCCAACGUUCAGUUUUGCCAGACACCCUCAGUGUUCACUUGCCUCCCCAACACUUCAUCAUGGGUGAACAGACAAAGACUCUGAAGAGCAUCCUGAAGGACAACAUGCUCCAGAAGCAGAGUAACUCUGUUGGAGCCGUGCGCUGGACACUAUCAGAGAAAGAUAUUCAGGUCCACAGUUCUGCCCCCACCUUCAAGAACAGUAGUGGAUUUUCUACCCGUUCACAGCAAAGACAACGUCAGCAAGGCCUGAAAGAUCUCCGGAGCCUGGAUGAGUGCAUCAGAUUCAUAAACCACUGGAAGCAACAGGUGGCACAAGUCUGCAAGAACGAGGAUGAUCCUGGUGAAGGGUGCAGCAGGCAAGCAGAGCGUCAGACAGACCCCAGAACUGAGCGCAGUCUUGAAGAGAGUCGAAAGCUUAUUCUGCAGUGGGCCAGCGAGCUUCAAAGUGUAGACAAGCUGUCUGAAAAGCAUCCGUGGAUAAAGGAGAGGACUGAUCAAGAGGUGGACACGAAGGAGGAUAAAGAUCAGAGUGAGGCUGUACAUGAGAGGAUCACGCAGUGGGCCAAAGAGAUUCAGAGUGUGUCAGAGAGCUCUGGAGUGUUGGGAGAUGAACUGGCACGGCUGUUACGUCUCCUGGGGCUGAAGAAGAAGAAGCUGGUUUCCCUCAUGCCACUGCUGGAGUUCAUCACUUGGAGUCUGCUGAAAGAAGACGGCAAGGGCAUGGUUCCUCAUCUAUGGCUUUCAGCUAAACAACGCACCUGGAAAGCUGGCAUGCCACGAUACAUCCCUAAUUCAGUAUGGAACUGGAUUUUGAGUUCAAAAGCUGAUGUAACUCUUGAUCCUAUGACCAACCAACCUUGGCUGCAGCUCUCUGAUGACCACAAGAAAGUCCAGGAGGGUCAAACAGAGGCCAAUCUGCCUUUCAGCCCUCAGCGAUUUGAUAGCUUGCCCUGUGUCCUAGGCUGGGAGGGCUACAUGAUGGGCCGUCAUUACUGGGAAGUGGAAUUUGCAAACAAUGGUUAUUGGAAAGUUGGAGUGACAACCGCUUCAUCAAAAAGGCAUGGCCGCUUUCCAAUGAAUCCCUCUACUGGUUAUUGGGUCCUGUGGCGCAGCACACGACAGUUUUUCGCAUGCACCAAUCCCGAAACAACACUGCCACUGCUGCUGGUGCCCCGAAAGAUGGGAAUAUACAUCGAUUACGAGGAGGGACAGAUUUCGUUCUACAAUGCAGAGAACAAAUCACACAUCUACACCUUCACUGGACAUUUUCGUGAGAAGCUGUACCCUUUCUUUGCCCUGCUGGAUGGCAGGGGAGUUAUAAGCAUAUGGUCUCCUAAAGAGCAGAGCCACUUCUAACAGCAGAGUAGAUUUAAAAGAUCAUCUUUCAUUUUGCGCUUCUGUUUGAACAUUUAUACCUUAACAACUGAUUCUUUGGAUCCCAGUAAAAAGCUACUUCUUAUCGUGACCUUUCCAUUCAGACGAAUCAACACCUUUGUGGGCUGGAACCACUUAAUGAGAGCUAUUAAAACUACAAAGUGAUUCCCAUUAGUCCCUCAAAAUGAUUGCUACACUAAUGUCUCUCUUUAUUCAUUUAUAUAAUUUAUCUAUGCAUAUUUUAUGUGGCUCAGUGAUUAUUAUAAUGUAUCUAAGCUUGUCUACUUUCAUGUAUGCAAGUAACAGUAUGUGUUUUGACACAAAUUAUUUUUCCGAGUGUUGUCUGUUAAUCCUGUAACCAUUAAUAAGAUGACUACAACAAGAUAUUUAUUAGUCUAUAUCAGUGUUUAUGUGUGGGUAAUGUCUAUGCACUUGUUAAUCGUUUUAUUUUUAUGGAAGCUCUGAAUGAUUAUACAUAUAUAAUAAUAAAACAUAAAAUACAGGUCACAAUAUGUCUUAUUGAACUGCCCUACUGUACUGAGAACACACCUGUAAUUUAAGUCUAACUGAACAUAGUAUUUAUUC